AGAAGCGGCGCAGGAGUCGGAACGAUUUUAUGCGAGGGGGAGUCCUACACGGAGCUUCUAAAGGCGCGUACUGAAAGCGCCUGCGUUCGCCCUUGAAUCGCCGUCCCCGUCGGUAUCCAAGAGACGGUGCGAAGAUGGGGCUGUUGCCGCCCGAGGCGAAGGCUCUACCGCCGCCGGGGAUCGUCAACCGGAACAGCGUCUGGCUGGGCCUCAUCGGCUGGACCGCUUCGUUGAUGCAGAAUGGCCUCAACCGGCGGCCGGCCUUCGGAUCCGGUGUGCACCGACAGCUUCUUUUUGUAACUGUUGGAUGGUUUAUUGGAUAUCACCUUAGAAAGAUAGAAAACUACAAGAAUGCCAAAAGGGAUCGAGAAAUGAUGGACUAUAUUCGGCGUCAUCCAAUUGACUUUCCUGAAAAAGAAAAAAAGACACUUGCUGAGAUUCUGGAGGAUUUCCAUCCAAUUCGCUGAAUUGACCAAUUGUAAUACUUGCCUGACUGGCCAUGUUGGCAUUCGUACUCAAGCUGUGAGCUCAUGGUCCUUUUCAUUGUAAAUUGCUGUGUAAUAAAUUAUAUGAAACUA